CGCCAUGGAUAUCGGCGGGGGGAGGGGUGUGGCUUAGAGGAAGCGGAAGUGUCAGCGCAGGCGGAAGUGGUACUGCCCUGAAUCCCCGUUCAGCGAGAGGAGGACGGCUCGAUAAAAACCACGUCGGUCAUUGAAAAUCGCCAACUCUCCUACCCGACUAAACCACGAAAUGGACAAGAACGAGCUGGUGCAGAAAGCCAAGCUGGCCGAGCAGGCCGAGCGCUAUGACGACAUGGCGAGCGCCAUGAAGCAGGUGACGGAGCAGAACAAGGACCUGACCAACGAGGAGCGGAACUUGCUGUCCGUGGCCUACAAGAACGUGGUGGGAGCUCGCCGCUCGUCCUGGCGCGUCAUCUCCAGCAUCGAGCAGAAGACUGAGGGCAACGAGAAGAAGCAGCAGAUGGCUCGCGACUACCGCGUCAAGAUUGAGCAGGAGCUCAAGGACAUCUGCAACGACGUGUUGAAUCUUCUGGACAAUUUCCUCAUCGCCAACGCAAAGUUGCCAGAGAGCAAAGUGUUCUACCUCAAAAUGAAAGGCGACUACUUCAGAUACCUGUCGGAGGUGGCGGCCGGAGAGGACAAGAAGGAGACGGUGAGCAACUCCGAGGAGGCGUACGACACAGCGUUUAGCAUCAGUAAGAAGGAAAUGCAGUCCACGCAUCCCAUCCGACUCGGCCUGGCCCUCAACUUCUCCGUCUUCUUCUACGAGAUCCUCAACUCGCCGGAAAAAGCCUGCCGUCUGGCCAAGGAGGCUUUUGAUGAGGCCAUCACACAAAUUGACAACUUGAAUGAGGAAUCGUACAAAGACAGCACGCUGAUCAUGCAGCUACUAAGGGACAACCUGACUCUGUGGACAUCAGACAACCAGGGUGACGAGGUGGAGGCCGGAGAGGGCGAGAACUAGUCCUACACACCUUCGACCGACUCCUUUGUCAUCCGACCUCCGCUCAUCCUUCUCCUGUCUUCAUGCACACAAAUGUUCAUUCCUCCUUCAUCUUCUGUAAAAGAAGCAGCCGCAUGGACCCCCCCCCCUCUUUCUUUUCCUGCCGCUCUCCAGCUGAACCUGGCACUCCAAAAGCUCCUUUAGAACCUUCUGGCCCGUCCUGUCUCACUAGGAGGUUUUCUUUUUCUUUUAAAUCUAUCACUAUUUUCCUCCUCCUCUUAACUUCUUGCCAGCUUGUUAGUCCUGCCCACUGGCUGCUUUUAUUCCACUUCAAUCCAAACAAGAAGACAAAAAAAGGUUAUUAAACUGUGUGUUUAUUUUCAACA